UUUAUUCGUCGAGCCGUUGACGAUGAUGAUGAUAUUUAUAACAAUAAUGUUAAUAAUGGAGUAGGUACAUGAGGGUGAUACGGAGAGAAAUAGCAGACAGACAGCCGACAACGAGUCGGUCAUGUGUGGCAGCAGUCAGUUCAUUUAUGGCUCAGGACCGGUACACAUCUUUAAACGACCGCGUUGUCCAAGACCUCGGCGAUACUGGACUCGACUAGAAUUUUUCACCCCAGGAAUAUCAAACGCGAUUUGUGCUAUGAACGCGUUGGUAAUGGUGAUAGUGUUGUUGUUGGCCAGCCACGUUAACAGCUCGCCAAUUAUCAACUUCUCGUGGGAUACGCCGAGGCAUUUUUGUGGAUCACAGCUAGCAAAUGUGUUAGCAUUGAUUUGCAGUCAUGGAUACAACUUCCAUCCGGUUAAUGAUGAUGUAACUCCUCCUAGCCGCCGACGUAAAAGAGUACCUAUAGUAGAAGAAUGUUGUGAAAAUACUUGCACGCCUCACCAUUUAAAAGCUUAUUGUUGGGAAAAUCAAAGAGCUGAUAAGAGUGCUUUUGGGACAAGCUUAGAGAAACCCUCUGUAGAAAUAUUCUCUAUACCCCAGAUACCUCCCGUGAGACAAAAACAAGAAGUAGACAACAGUUUACUAGUCGAUCAAACGACUAUCAAAACAAAAUCAAAUAGUAUUAUUCCUAAUUCUAAAGAAAAUAAUAGGAAAACAAACAAUAAGCACAAUUCGACCCCGCACCCACCUCUAUAUAUAAAAUCGAUAAACGUUCAAGAACAAAUCAAAGUUCCAGGACGUGUGAAAACGGUAACACCCUACUUUGACAAGAUGCCAUCACAAGUCAAUAUCAAUUAUAACUAAGAUGCAACACUGUAACUCAGGAAUAUCAUCUUUUUUAUAUCCUAGAAAUUUGUAAAGAACCGUAAACUUUUAACGCUGUCAUUUUACUUAUGAAUUUAUAUAUUUUUUUACCUUCUUCCCCCUCUUUUUCAUAUUUGACUGCGUAGAAAAUAAUGGCUAAUUUAACAAAUUCUAUAGUUACAAGCCCAGUGUUGUUUUAUUGGUAGGUAAUUGUAUAAAUUAGAGUAUUUUAUAAUUGUUUCGUUCCUGUGUUAAAUUUGCACUAAGAUAUUAGCGUUAUGAUUGUCGGCGUGUAAAAAAACAAAUAAAAAUUAUUAUAAUAAUAAUUAUAAAACGUGUCUGUGAUUUUACGACAAUUUAUUAUGUCCAUUAUAUGGAACAUAGAAUAAUAAAUUACUAAUUAUUUGUGUAAUUUUAUAUAUGCGUACUGUGUAUUAAUUAUAUAUAAUU